AUGAAGGUGUUAGCCUUCGCUGCUUUCGCCCUUGCUGGUGCAGUGCGUCCAGCGAUUGAGGGGGAAGCGGCCCACAGCAGUGGCCCAAGAGCAGGGAACCACCAUGGUGUGGAGGAGCCUAAGCUCUUGCCGCGGACCUGCGAUGCAGAUGGGGUGCUGCGCCUCCAAACAGGAGUCAAGUAUCGAACGGAGACAGCCAAUCACAGUGUGGACCCUCGCUGCUCCAUGCUCCAGGGGGCUCAAGAUGCACAGAUCUUGGUCUACUCUGGCAUCUCAUUUCCGGGUAAUGCGGAGAUCCGGGGACCCCUCAAAGUUACCAUGGCGCCAGACAUCCAAAGCAUCGAAGCCGCGGCCAUCAGCAGCAACGGGGACCUGCGGGUCCUUGUAGACGAGGGUAGCCCUAUGUCCUUUCACGACAUUGUCGGCGAUGACGGUGCCGCCUUGAUGGCGGGUGGCCAGAUCAUCCUAGAGGGUCAAGGGAGCAUAGAUUUCGAGAACUUGCACACACUGAGAUCAGGCGCAGCAGUACGGGCCUUGACGUCUGAGGUUAUCUGUGCUGUGGCUAAAGUCAGUGCCCGCAACUGUACGUCCAAAAUGUUCGGAGGCGCCAUAUUUGCAGGUCGUGACGUCGAUCUGCACAGCAAUGGUGCAGUUAUCUUCGAAGAUUGCAAAGCAAUAAACGAAGGAGGCGCUGUCGCCGCAAGCGGAUCAGUAUUUCUGGGUGGCAAAGCCGCGUAUAGUUUCCGCCGCUGCAGUUCAGAAUCUGCUGGUGGUGCGUUGGCUUCUAAGGGUUUCCGCCAAGACUUGGUGGUGGCACUUGGCGAUGGAGGGUCUGCCGUGUUCGAAGAGUGUUGGGCCCUCGGAAGCCCCGGUGGCGCCAUGCGUGCCGCCAAUGAUAUUGUCAUCCGAAGCGGCACGGUGAAGUCUGUGGGUUGCUGGGCUCACUCUGGCCGCGGUCAUGCCCUUGCGGCUGAAAAUGAAGUUCGCGUGGAGGAGGGUUCGGACGUCACCUUGCUUGGGAAGGAUUACAACGGCUCAGACAUCUCCGCAGACCUUGUAAUCUUGCCCGUGGGUGGCGAAGUCCUUCCAGAGCAAGUCACUGCGAACACACUGUUGGCAGCCAAGGCUGCUGGUCAGAGCAACGCAACCUGCCCUGCAGGUUCGAGGUUCGUGGCUGAUGGUAGCCGUCCUGGAUGGCAGAACUGCAAACUCUGCGAGGCGGGGUCGGCCUCGCUGGUCCCAUCCACAGUGGCCAUCGAGGGUCAGAUCUUGGAACCCAAAGCAGGAAUGCGGCUCGUCCUUGUGAGGCAGGGCUCGCCCAACUCCCUGUCGUGCUUUCCAUGGAUGGAGCCGUCACCGAGCAACGCAACGGCAGUGCCUUGCUCCGACAGCAUGAAAGGGUAUGGCCUCGAGAGAGGCGACUGGAGUUACCUUGACGCUUUCGGCAUUGAACUGGGUUCCAGCCACAACAACAUGUCCUUUCGCUACCACGCAGGUGAGCUGUGGACGAGGGAUGGCUUCGUUCUUGUUGUCCCAUGGAAUAAUUAUGUUCCUGGCUUUGUUGUUGGACUUGUGAAACAAGAAGGCAUCCCCUGGAAGCAAGCCAACUUAAGUAUGCAGUUCACUCUAGUCAACACUGCGGCGGGCAUCAGCCUGAGCCCUGCAGCGAACCCCAAUCUGGUUCUGGGCCUCGAGCACGAGGUGAGCUACAUCUUUGAACCAGACUUCCGUGACACCUGCCUGCCCUGCCACCGCCUGGCAUCAGCGGAAGCUGAUAAACUGGAGUGUCCUGGUGGUGCACAUGUCAGCACACUGCCAGGUUUCAUGAUCCUUCACCAACUCCAGCAGAGAAGAGUUGAAGUUCACAACUGCCCCAACCCGGCCGCCUGCCCUGGCAGCAACGUGAGCCUCAAUGCUGAUGGCCAGUACAGGCAGUCAACCCAGCUUUGCGGGCUUGGCUACGAGGCCAGCCCCGGCUGUGUGCGCUGUGCCCCUGGCUACGGGCGCCCCCAACUGGAUGCGUUCCGUUGCCAGCCUUGCGGCAAUACCACGUUGGCCCAGCAAGUGGCGGCCUCUGCGCUGCCCAGUGGGGCCUUCUUCGUCAUGGCUCUUGUCUCCGCGAGGCCGCGCACGAACACUCAGCAGAUCUUCAAGAUCUUCUUGGCCUUUGUCACCAUUUCCUGCCGAAGCUUAUCAGCCAUACCCCACACCCCGCACUUCAAGAGGCUCAAGACUGACCUCUAUGAAACCGCUCGGGCGCUGUACCGUUGCCUCUUCGCCUUGGAUUUGGUCAUCACCAUGGAGCCGGGAGUUUCAGGUGGAUCGCUGGACUGCUGGCAUUUGUUCGACGAUCCUGUGGACGUGUACUGGAGCCUGUGUCUUACUUGGGCCAUCCCUUCCUUUUACCUGCUCCUGUCGUGCAUGAGGCAUGCUGCUGCUGGGACUGGCUUCGUGAAGUCGAUCGUGGUUUGGGGCAAUUUGUUUAUUCCCUCGCUUGCGGGCGCGGUCGCCAAGUUGGUGCCCUGCUUCGCGACGCAAAAAUCCGGCAGCCGCACUCUCAUGUAUGAAGCGCCCUUGCAAACGCCCUGUGCCUCCAGCUUGGCGGAAGCUGCGAAGCUCCCGCGCCUCUGGCUCGGUGCAGGGACAGGGGCCGUCCUCCUGGUUGUGGGGCCUUUGCUCUGGCUAUCCCUCCUGCUCGGCAAGCAGCAUGAGAAAGAGACUGUGGGCUUCCUCACGGCAGGCUACAAGCCAGGGUUUCGUUGGUGGGAAACCAUUGUCUUAACUCGCAAGGCAACCAUCGUUGUGGUCUCAACAUGCUUUCCACUGUCUUGGGCCCCUGGAGCUCACCUCGUCUAUCUCCUCCUGGUGAACAUCCUCGCAGAGAUCUUCCAUGUUACCGUCCGGCCAUACGAAAGCCCAUCGCUAAACCGGCUGGAAGCCCAGGCGCUUGCCGUGUCCUCCCUGUGUCUGGGCCUCGUCCUUUCACUACUAGCGGAAUGGCCCUUUAUGCCCUACUCCAUCUAUGUGACCAACACCACCCUGCUGUUCCUGUUCACCUUCGGCGCAUACCUCUACUUCGCAUGCCUUUACCUGCAGGCGAUCCGUGCGAACAAGGGCGCAGACGAGCCGCCAGGGCGUGCAGAAGAGGAGGAGCAGUAA